AAUAAUAAAGGCAGUAAACUAUUCCACUUUUAUGGUAUUUUAUCAACAGACAUUAGACGAGUGGCCUCAAAUGUUAAUAGAAAACUGAAAGAGUUGAUCCUUCCGACUGACGAUGAUGACACUAACACUGAUCUCACUGAUCAGAUUCAAGUUAAUCUCAUGACCGGAUCACCAGGGAUCAACAUCACGCCCACGCAAUCCCCGAAAUCAUCUCCAACGAGAAUCAGGAAACAAGUUGUGUCUGGUAAAACCACCUCACCAAAAACCUCAAAGACAUCUACAAAUGUUGCCCCACCCACCAAAGUGACUCUGCCCACUCAAGUGACUCUGCCCACUCAAACUGCCCCGCCCACACAACCAAUCCCGCCCACUCAAACUGGUGUUAACGAGGUUGGUUCUAAUGCUGAGGGUCCUGAUACAGGAGAGGUGGGUGUGGUUAAGUUCAGUUUAUUGACUGUGCUUGGUGUCCUCAUGCCUCAUAUGAGCUUCACUGAACAAGAAACUAAACUGGAGACGCUUCGCUGGUUGCUAUGGUUACACGACAAGCUACCAAAAAGAAUGUACUUACAAACUGGUAAACUCUUUCCUUCUCUUCAAAGGAUGUUAGCUGAUAUCUCUGACAGAGUGUUAAAUUUAACCCUCAAAGUGAUAGCUACCCUAUCAAUGUCAGACGCUGGCCAUGAGACGUGUGAUGUUCCUGUAGCCACCAAGAAAAAGGGACGUCAGGAGCAGGAGAGUACGGCCAUUAUUAUUUUGAAUAAAUAUUUUAAAUUGUUUCUGGUUGAAUUGAUGAAAAUGUUCAACAGUGACAGGAUAUUACUAGAGAACAAAGGGAGUCUCAUUAUUAGGCACUUGUGUGUGUUUGUUGAUGCUAAGGCAGUCUACUGUACUCUAGCUGAGAUACUGUCAACUGAAGAGAAACUAUCAUUUGCUUCACUGAUGGUACGGGAACUGAACACUAUCCUCUUUAGUUCUGCUGAACUGUUUGAUCUUCGUAUGCAGCUACAGAAUAUGGACGGACCAGACAGUUGGAUAUUGUUCAAGAGUCUUUAUGACUGCUGGUGUCACAAUGCCAUAGCUACAGUGGCUCUGUGUCUACUGUCACAGAAUUAUCAACACGCAGCUAAUAUAGUAGCUAAAUUUGGUGAAAUUGAGAUCACUUCAGAAGUGCUGCAAGAAACUGAUAGACUAGUACAAUUAAUAGAAUCACCAAUAUUUACCUUCCUAAGGUUACAGUUAUUAUCACCAAACCAGUAUCCUAACCUAGUCCAGACUAUGUAUGGUCUACUGAUGCUCCUUCCUCAGACUAAUGCCUUUGAAUCUCUCAAUGGCAGACUAUCCAGUGUACCCAUACUGACCACACUCUCUGAGAACAAGAAGAAGGUUGUUAGCAGACAUCCUCCAAAAGAUAUUGAUUUUGACAAGUUAUUGAAUCAUUUUCUCUCAGUGCAACAGAAACACUUUAGCACUAGGCACAGUCAAGUCAAGCAAACGCUAAAGAAGGUUCUCUUUGAAGGAGUGGUCUCACCAGUCUAGUGUGAUAUUAAUAUUGAUAAUAAAUUAUUGACAUUUUUAUGACACAAAA